AACUUUUUGAAGAACUUUCUGAAGAACAUUUUGAAGAACAUUCUGAAAACCCUACCUCUAAUAAUGAAGUUCUUGAUGUUCAAAACACAACCACAUCUUCUUUAAAAAAAAAGGAUUUCUAA